GGUGGCAGCAGCGCUAGUGACGCAGCGUCUGCGUGCUCCACCCAACGGCCGGAGCCGAGGCGCAAAACAACUUCGCGAGCGCAGCGCGAGUCAUGGCGUCCAAGAGGCUCUCCUGAAGAACAAACUCCGCGCAAACUCUCGCCGAAAGCGCGUAACAAGCCGCCGCCGACCGCCCGGGAUCUCACACGGACGGCAGAGAAAAAGUCCGCUCGACGAAGGAGUUAUGGUCGCCGAGUGUCGACUUUAAAGCUAGCAGGAGCGCGGCUAGCUCAAGAGUUCGGCGUCGCGGCGAGUUUCGCGAACAGCGCGAAUCGGGUGUAAAUAUAGCGAUAUAUGCGAUUUAACGCAGAGCGUGAGGAAAAGAGCUCUUGAAGCGUCUCCCCGGAGGUUAUUCGCCGUGUAGUUUGUCUGUGGACGGGUGGAUAUGGCUCAGUCGCCGGUAGCUGUUCAAGUUCCUGGAAUGCAGAACAGCAGAACAGACCCUGAAGAGUUGUUCACUAAACUAGAGCGCAUCGGGAAGGGCUCGUUCGGCGAGGUGUUCAAAGGCAUCGACCGCCGCUCUCAAAACGUAGUGGCCAUCAAGACCAUCGACCUUGAGGAGGCAGAAGAUGAAAUCGAAGACAUCCAACAGGAGAUCACUGUGCUCAGCCAGUGUGAUAGUCCUCAUGUCACCAAAUACUAUGGCUCUUACUUAAAGGGCAGUAAACUAUGGAUCAUAAUGGAGUAUCUGGGAGGAGGUUCGGCUCUGGACCUGCUGAGAGCCGGACCCUUUGACGAAUACCAGAUCGCCACCAUGCUGAAAGAGAUCCUGAAAGGUCUGGACUACCUGCACUCCGAGAAGAAAAUCCACAGGGACAUAAAAGCUGCCAACGUGUUGCUGUCCGAGUCUGGUGAGGUGAAGCUGGCGGACUUCGGUGUGGCGGGACAGCUGACAGACACGCAGAUCAAGAGGGAGACGUUCGUAGGUACACCGUUCUGGAUGGCCCCGGAGGUCAUCCAGCAGUCUGCAUACGACUCCAAGGCUGAUAUUUGGUCUCUUGGGAUCACCGCCAUCGAGCUGGCCAAGGGCGAGCCCCCGAACUCAGACAUGCACCCCAUGAGAGUGCUCUUCCACAUCCCCAAGAACACACCGCCCACCCUCAACGGAGACUUCUCCAAGACUUUCAAAGAGUUUGUGGACUCCUGUCUCAACAAAGACCCGACGUUUAGGCCAACAGCAAAGGAACUCCUGAAGCACCGAUUCAUCGUUAAAUAUGCCAAGAAGACAUCCUACCUCACCGAGCUCAUUGACCGGCUGAAGCGCUGGAAAGCCGAGGGUCACAGCGAUGGAGAAUCGAGUUCGGACUCUGACUCAGAGCCCAGCAGCAAGGACAGCGACUCGUCUCCUGAGUGGUCCUUCACCACCGUCCGUAAGAAGAAGCCGGAAAAGAAGCAGCCCAACGGAACGGAUGAAGAACUUCAGAAGAAGUCGGUCAGUUUAACCACCGUCAUGGCUCCGGUUUUUUCAGAGCUGAAAUCGCAGCACGGUGACGACGACUCGGCGAGAGUUCUGGAGCAGCUGGAGAAGAGCCUGCAUGUGGCUGAAGACAUCUGCCCUGGCGUCACAGACCGGAUGAUCAGCCACAUCCUGGAGAGGGUGCAGAGGUUCUCCAUGAGUUAGUGCUUCGUUUGGAAACGUGGGAACCCCCUUCAGCUGUCAGCCCGGAUGACUGCACCUUAACACACUCACACAUGUACAGAGACCGGAGGGACGCGGGGUCACACACACACACUAUAUUAUCAUAACCAAAAGGAUUUUUUUUUUUUCUCCCAAAGAAUGGAAAUUAUAUAUUAGUGUGUGUGUUCAACUGUAUUUAUAAAAUUUUGCCACAUGCUUUUAUAUUAGUCUUCUGCUGGUGCCCAAGAAUUUGUGUUACUGUUAUUUUAUUUCACAUUUUACUUUAAAAGACACGAAAUAUCCUUCUACAGCGCAUUAGGUAAAUCUUUUGGUUCGCAUAUAUUUAUGUAUUUGACGUCCCGAUCCAUUACUUUUAUUUGAAACUCCGAUCAAUAAUAUAUAUACGUUUGGGAGAUUAACCGUUUCUUUUCGCUCGUCUUGGUUUGGGAUUUCUUGAUUUCUCUCGACACACUGUUAACUGUAGCAUUACAGAACUGCUGUAUGGGAUACACGCAUAUCAGUCAAAAUGAAUAGAAAUACCUCAUUUAAGCAAUCAAAAAAAGAAAAGAAAGACAGCUCCUGGUUAAUGAAGAUCGAUGAAAAUUGAACCUGCCUGGAAAAUGAGGAGUUUUGCUGGGCAAAAGCUACCUCCGCUUCUGGCCCAUUACAAUAGGGAAUUUCAGUUUUAUUUUAUUUGUUUCGCUUUUGUAGUUUGACUACUUUUUUUUUAAAUUGGCACGGUAAUUCAUCUUCAAUUUUGACUUUUUGUACACGGGAAUGUAGCGAAACAUUUUGCCCUUCAUUUCUCAGUGACGCCCUCUUUUUACGGUGUGUUUUGAGCUGAUAUUUUUAUACGAGGAUAGAAUUAUACUGUAUUUUUUGAAGGAGAUACGCGCUUGCGCACACUUUGUACGGGGCGGGCCCGUUUCGCGUUUUAAUUUCAGAGCUCUCUCGCUCCAAAGACAUUCCACUCACUUUGAGUAGAUCUCAAGGCGGCCUGCUUCUGUAAGCGAUGGGGGGGAUUUCUACAUAAAGCUCCCCGAAACGACAGCGAGCGCUCCGAGUCCACUCUAGGCAGCAGUACAGCAUUCAAGCUCGAUGCAGAUUUCUUUCACGUGGUCUCCUGUGAUGAGGAAUUUUUUUUUUGCCAAGCUUGUAAAGAAACACGAGGGUGCCAUUGCUGGUGCGGUGGUCAUGUCAUGUUUGCUCCUGUCGGCUUGGAGAGACUGUGCCAACGUUGCAUCCCAUUGUGCCUAAAGCUCACUUUUUUUUAUGUAUAUGAUGUUAUAGUCUUCUCAAACGGCUUUAAAACGAAGUUUCACACAUGUUGCCAGACUGCUGGAAGAUUUUAGAGCAAUAAAAAGGCGUUUAGUGGAUUUGUAUAUUUCUUUAUAGAAAUGUAGAUGCAGAAGCUAUAGGUUUUGUACAUUUCUUCACCAGAGCUUUUGUAAAUUUAAGACGCCAGACAGAAAUCUUUCUAGGUUGUAUCAUAUAGAUGCUGUUCUCAUCAUUUUUGGACUUUUAACUGUUACAGAUAAGUUUUUGUUUGGUGUGGCAAAUAAAGAUUUAAGUUAUGACA